AUGGAGUUUGAUACAAAGACUCCUCCAUAUCUGACAAGCGACAAGUCCUCCUUCGCAUACGUAUCCGCUCGAGAUCGAUGGCCUGUCAUAAUAACCCAAGCUAUUGACGACUUAUAUCGCUCCGUAUCCGAAUGUGAAGAUUCCGAAAAACAGAGUGAGGGCAAGAAGAUCAUAGAAGAACUCGCGCGGUUGAAAUACGAACUCCAGCACGACCGGAAGCUCACACCGAUAAGAGACGAUGGCGGCGAGGAUGUAGCUGUGUAUAACAGCGAGUUGGAACAGUUGGGGACGCCUAGUUGGUUCAAUGCGCCUUGGCUAUUUACCGAAUGCUAUCUUUACAGACGACUUAACACGUCCUUCAGCCUCUCUGAGCAUUGGAAGUCUUAUGAUGUAUUCUACCGGCAGAAGAUCAAGACCUUCCGAUCGUCCCGCCCUGCUGUUCUUGAGCUUGCCGCUCGAUACAAGGACCUGAUGACGCAGAUGGAACGCGAUAGGAAUUCCUCUAGCGCCGAGCACGACGAGGCCGAAAAGAUUCUGUUCUUUGAGAUGUGUGAGAUCUGCUUGUGGGGGAAUGCCACAGAUUUAUCUCUCCUGACUAGUCUCACGUACGAGGAUAUCCAGAAGCUGCAAGGCUCCGAAGCUAGAAAAGCUUCCGAGAAGAAUAUUCUAAUCAAUGAUCUGGGUGCAACAUACGACGUACUGAAGAAGGCCCAGCGCGAGGGGAAGAAGGAGCGCCGUGUGGACAUUGUACUGGAUAAUGCUGGGUUUGAGCUAUACGUCGAUCUUAUCCUUGCUGGCUUCCUACUGUCGGCGGGUCUGGCUACCCUCGUCGUCCUGCAUCCAAAGUCUAUUCCAUGGUUCGUAUCGGAUGUUCUGCCAGCAGACUUUGCUGCUCUCCUCAACGCCCUGAUCAACCCAAGGCAAUUCUACGAAACCCCAUCCGACGACGAUAAAUUGCAAAACAUAACUCCCCCGGCUCUCUCCGAUGAAGAUGUUACGCAUCUCAAUUUCCUCUUCCAGGAAUGGUCCCGAAUGUAUGCCGAAGGCCAGCUCAUUCUUAGGCCUAACUCAUUCUGGACAUAUCCGGGUAGCUAUUGGAGACUCCCAUUUGUAGCAAAGAGUCUAUACGAAGAUUUGAAGGGUAGCGAGGUGGUAAUAUUCAAGGGUGACUUGAAUUACCGUAAGCUCACUGGCGACGCUACCUGGGACCCCUCGACACCGUUCACUGAAGCCAUUGGACCCCUCGGUCCGGGCUCCCGAGUCAACGUUCUUGCUCUUCGGACUUGCAAGGCCGACGUGGUUGUCGGGCUUAAGCCCGGGCAGGACGAGGAACUCCGGGCGACGGAAGGUGGUGGCGGAGAUAGCGGUGCAAGGAAAUGGGCAUGGAGUGGAAAGUGGGCUGUUGUAUCGUUCUCGGAAGGCAAAUGA